AUGAAAAAUUUACAAGAUUUUAACAUUCGCUUAGAGCAAAUAAUUGCAAUUACAACUGACAGUGGUAAAAACAUGCUUAAAUCAAUCGCUUGUUUGAAUGCUGAGCUACAGAACACACAAACAUUCGCAGGUGACACAGACGCAGAUGAUGAAUUCAUUGACCAUGACAUUUUUGAUGAUAAAUAUUAUAAUGAUCCUCUAAAGGCGGUGCAGUCUAUGUUUAAAGAAAUUAAUCACACGAAUCUCAUUCAUGGCAUUCCUUGUGCUGCACACUGCCUACAUUUGGUAGUGACGAAAGCAAUGCAAAAAUCACCUGAUACGCUGAAAUUGAUUGAAAAGUGCCGGGACUUGGCCAAAAAAUUACGAUGUCCAACAUUCCGAGAAAUGCUUAGAUCAGCUGGUGAAUGUGUGGCAAUAUUGGAUGUGAAAACCAGAUGGAAUUCCAUAUACUCGAUGUUGAAUCGCCUGGUUAGCUUGCAAUCAUUCUGCGACUCAGUUUUAGUAAAAAGCCAUAAACAAAUUCGAGGAUUCCUAUUAUCAGAAAGUGAAUGGGACGAAGUCAAUAAAUUGGUUCAUAUUUUGAAGCCAUUCGAUAAGUACACCAAGGCUUUGCAAUCUGAACUUGAGAAUCACACCGACGAACAAGAAAUGGUUGAAGUUGAAGUGGAGGUUGAUAAUAUGGAUAAUAUCAGCGAAUAUGACUCACUCGAUGACAUGAAUCUCUAUUAA